AUGGUCCUCCCACCACCAGACAGGCGCCACGUGUGCCUCUCCACCAUCGUCAUCAUGAGCAGCAUGGCCUUCAUGGACGCCUACCUGGUAGAGCAGAACCAAGGGCCUCGGAAGAUUGGGGUCUGCAUCAUCGUGCUGGUAGGGGACAUCUGCUUCCUCAUCGUGCUGCGGUAUGUGGCUGUCUGGGUCGGAGCCGAGGUAAAGACCGCCAAGCGUGGUUAUGCCAUGAUCCUCUGGUUUCUGUACAUAUUCGUCCUGGAGAUUAAGCUCUACUUCAUUUUUCAGAACUAUAAAGCUGAGAAAAAGAACACAGACAUAGUGGCGCGAAAGGCAUUGACCUUACUGCUUUCUAUCUGUGUGCCUGGGCUAUACCUCAUCUUGAUCGCCUUAGACAGCAUGGACUAUGUCAGGACUUUCAGGAAGAAAGAGGAUCUAAGAGGACGUCUCUUCUGGGUAGCUUUGGACUUGUUGGAUAUUUUGGACAUCCAAGCCAAUCUGUGGGAGCCACAUAAGUCUGGCCUUCCGAUGUGGGCAGAAGGCCUCAUGUUUUUCUACUGCUACAUUCUCUUGCUCAUUCUGCCAUGUGUCUCUCUUAGUGAGAUCAGCAUGCAAGGUGAGCACAUAGCCCCUCAAAAGAUGAUGCUGUAUCCCGUGUUAAGCUUGGUAACCAUCAACAUAGUCACGAUAUUCAUCCGGUCAAUUAACAUGUUACUGUUCCGAGACAGUCGGGUUUCAACUAUAUUUAUUGGCAAGAACAUCAUUGCGAUUGCCAGCAAGACUUGCACUUUCGUAGAGUAUCAAAAACAGGUCAAGAAUUUCCCGGAGAAUGCAAUAGCUCUCGAGCUCCAGCAGAAUUCCAUCCCACACAAUCAGAGCAUCCACAAUACACAAGCUGUCCCACACAACCAAACCCCAACCAGAGAAAUAGUGGACACAUGACGGCAGGCAGGUCAACUCUGAAUUGGGAAACGGAUUGUUUCCAAAGGUGGUCCGGGGAGAAAGCCAAUGGGAAGGAAAUGCUUCCAGACUCUAGGUGGCAAGGACUGCUCCAUAUCCAAUAAGAAUGCAUGGAUGGGCUGACAGAAAUCUGUGUUCACCCCACUCUCGCUCUUCUCUUCUUCCUAUUGGUUUCCUAUUGCUGGCCUCUUGCUACAACUCAGGUACGAUAAGGAGAGUUUGACGGCAGCUUUGGGAUGGUAUCAGAAACUCUUCAAAAAAAACCUUUGCCCUGGAACUUGAAGCCACCAAAAGAAGUUGCAACUAAGUCUUUUUUUUUCCAUAGUCAAUGGUCUAUUGGA